ACUUUGUAAAGUUGUGUAUUUUCAUUUGCGUUAAUUAAAAAUCGAAUGUUCAUUUUAAACAGAAAUAUUAGAUCUGUUACAUAAUGCUGGUCCGUUUUUAACAAAACUUAUUUUGAGGGUAUCAUUUAGUAAUAACCUCAAACGAUGGCAUCAAAAUUACCUAAGAAAACGCUCAGUUUAAAACAGUUCCUUCUACGUCAAGAAGUCCUUAAACUAUAUAGGGACAUCAUUAGAACAGUAAAGAAGGUACCAGACGAAAGUACCCGUCUGGAGUUGAAGGAAUGGGCGAGAACAGAUUUUAGGAACAACAAACACCAUAAUGAUGAAACAACAAUUAAAUCUAUGUUACACUAUGGGAGAAAAUCAUUAGAGGAUUUAAGGAAAUCACUUGCUUUGAGUGAUAGCUAGUAAUCUGGGACUAACUGUAUUAGUGCUAUUAUAACUGAUGUACCUAAACCCAGUCCUGUUGACAAUAUAAAUAGUCUUAAUGCAAGAAAUCGCUGGGUGCAUAAGAAAAAGUACCUUUAUAGGAGUGUAAUGAGCUGUCCUAUUUCAAAAUUUGGUAUAAAUUGUCACUAAAUAUAAAAGCAAAACACCAACCUGAUAAAAAAAAUUUAGGAGAAUAUGCUUUUAGUUUAUGUAGAUCUGUCUAUACUACUACUUAAAAUAAUAUAGCAUUGUAAUGUUUAAGACUAUUUAUUGUAAAUACUAUUUAAGUAGGUUGGCAUUACACUUUACAUUUAUUUAAUGUUGUCUUUGGUGUAAACUAUCCACAUAAUAUGUUACCUGAGCCAGCUAUAGAAAGUGUUUCACUGUUCAAUUGACUAAUAAGCUAUAGAAUGAGAUUUGUAUUUAAAUUAUUAAAAUUUGUGGUUUUAAAAAUAGCUAAGACAGAUGUAAAAUGAAUGUUUAUUAUGUACAU